AUGGCCCGCAUCAUCGAUGUGGUGCCCUGGGACGAUGGCUCCGCCCACGUGCAUGCUUCCCCGGCUAUCCUACUCCCACUGGAGCGCGUGCGUCGCCCGCUGGCUGGCGUGAAGCAUCAACUGUACCACCCAAUCCUGCCCACCCUUCGGCGCAUGGACAUGGACUCCGUCAAGGGCUGCCUCUCGGAUGAGCACAGCCAGUCUUCCACCUACUGCUCCAAAGAUGACUUUAACAAGGCCCACUUCACACUCCUAGGGAUCCCCAACAAACCUCUACACUGCCUGGACUUCACAGCAACCGGCCGGAAGCUCUGUCAUAAGUACCGUGAAGGAAAGCUGGUGCCCAUUGCGCCAGGCAUAAACCGUGUCGACUGGCCUUGCUUCACACGUGCCAUAGAAGACUGGUCUCAGUUCGUGUCCAGAUCCGGGGAAUUCAAGCUGCCUUGUGCUAACAAAAGGGUCGAGAGUUUCAGUGGCUACGCGGUGCGGUACUUGAAACCGGACGUGACUCAGAGCUGGCGGUGCUGCCUCAAUCAGAACCCCAGCCUGGACUGCUAUGGACAGAAACCCCUGCCUUUCGACUCGCUGAAUGUGUUUCGGCGCUUUGGCUCCCACUACAGUCGCAUCAACUAUCUGACUCCCUGGCAUUGACCUGGGGGCUUGAGGCUGCUGAUGCUUCUAUGACUGGACCAUGCCACCUCAAGUCCCCUGGCAGGACAGAGGACAUAUAGUGGCACCACCCAUCUGCCCACGAGUUCAAUAAAUAAACAUAACGCUUCCUCAGCGAGGCUCUAAGCCUCCGUGGUGGUAGUGGUU